AUGGCCAGCGAAGACGCCACCACCACCACCACUACUAAUACCACCGGCCAACCCCCUGUCGUGGUUCUCACAGAGUCUCCGGCAGCAUCUGUGCCCAAGGAGGACCGCCGAAUGAGCGAUGAAUGGGACGCCGCCAAGGUUCCCCCUAGCCGGUUCCAAAAACGAAAAGGCUCCAUCUACGCGACCGCCAGCUCCCGCGAUGGCCACGUCGACCGCAACUACCAAGAAAAGUACCACGCCAAGAUCGCCGAAAUGCCAAAGAGCAAGUAUUUGCCUUACUGA